CCUCCUCACUCUCACAACAAACACUUCAGACGUCAAGUCAAGCUUCAAUCCAUCUUACAUUUAUCUUAAACCGUAUACAACCGCCAAAAUGGUCAAGGCUGUCGCUGUCAUCCGUGGAGACUCCAACAUCAAGGGAACCGUCACCUUCGAGCAGGCCGACGAGAACUCGCAGACCACCAUCACAUGGGACAUCUCCGGCCACGACGCCAACGCUGAGCGUGGCAUGCACGUCCACGCCUUCGGCGACAACACCAACGGCUGCACUUCUGCCGGACCUCACUUCAACCCUCACAACAAGACCCACGGCGCCCCCGGCGACGAGGAGCGCCACGUCGGUGAUCUCGGUAACUUCAAGACCGACGGCCAGGGUAAUGCCCAGGGCAGUGUUCAAGACAAGCUGAUUAAGCUCAUCGGCUCUGAGAGCGUCAUCGGCCGCACCGUAGUUGUCCACGCUGGCACCGACGACCUUGGUAAGGGUGGACACGAGGAGUCCAAGAAGACUGGUAACGCUGGUGGCCGCCCUGCAUGCGGUGUCAUCGGUAUCUCCAACUAGACACUCACUAGCAUCGCGAAAGCCGAGGACUGCUAAUCAAGUCUGAAGCAUGAUGAUAGAAUGAUAACCUAGUAAAGGGAAGACAACGUACGACGGCCCCUCCACUGCUCACCGUGACCGUGUGAAGACCCUGAAUACCCUGCACCCGCACAAUUGAUAUUUGUAAGAGCCCUCGCUACCACACGCCCCACCCCAGCAACUCGUGCACACUGCUCCCA